GGACUACACACUGGACGAGAGCGAAGCUGACGUGUUGAAGUGAAUUCUAUUGGCUCGCCCUCCCAUGCUGGCGCAGGAUCCGGAGCUGGUUGUGACGAUUUUGCAGCACACUUUCAUUUAUGCACUCCCGCAAAAUAUCUCCAGCACAUUUCUGACAGCCUCGUCUAGUGCCUGCUGUGAUGAAAGAGCUCAGCGGUUCCACCAGUGAUCAGAGUCAUCUCAGGAUCAAAAGCGUGGGUGUGGAAGGAGUCAAAUUCUCGCCGGCGCUGGAAGAGGCUUUCAAGGACCUCACGGGAGGGUGGCUUAAGUUUCUCGCGAAAUCAAUCGCUGGCCACGCCAGCACUGAAGGGACCGCUUGGGCCAGGCCGUGCACCGUCCAUGCACGUGCUAAUUGCGAUCGAUUUCUUCGGAGGCAGUUUUGCUACUGCACACACCAGAGCCUUACCGGGGCCCGAAGCCAAGAUCGUUCUGCAGUGUGCUGACGGAGCCAACGCGCUCCCUGAUCAAGUCAGCGACUACGACUUUGCCGGGCCGUACAGGAGAUUUUACCCGGACAAGCCGAGACGUGCGGGACGGUCGAUGGAGGUCAUUCUCGGUGAUGUGCGCCAUCACGUUCAAGAUAGUCGGAGCACUGGAGAUAUACGACCACGAGCAUGGUUGGCUGGUUCCUGACGCAAGGAGGCUACAAGCUCACUGAGCCAAGGAAUCCCCCUCAUUUUCUGGCCUGUCGGAGCGCAACAAGCCGUCAACGCGACCAUGCUCUCAACAGGGCCGCUUCCGAUCGGCAUGGAGCUCUGGCAGUUGGGUACUCGGACUAAGCGAGUCUGUUCUUCAGCUCCAUAGUUGGCUGUUGCAGAUCCGGACCUGGGUGCAACUGGCUGAUGCACCUAGCAAGAUCAAAGACACGGCUGAUGACGCGAGAAUCGAAUUCGAGCGGACUUUUAUGGCUUACAAGGACGCAAGAGGGGAAUGGCUCAGGCAUAACGCGAUCCGCAUUGCUGAUUUGUGGAGCCGAGAAUUGACGGGCAGCCUGGGGAAGAAAUUGCGAAACUUGUUGC